UUUGAAAUUUGAAUUUUUCUAAAUCGAAAACUGUUAUAAUUCCAACAAAGCUUUUAAGUCUCUUCGUAAAAAUUUUCCCAAUAAUUUGAAUUAUUAUGUGGUUUUACCAUAAAACCGUGGGAACUGGUCUUUAUGUUACCAUAAAGACCAGUUCACACGGUCUGUUGUGGUCUGUUAUAUUAAUGUGUCAUUACAACAGAACAAUUUCAGAAGGAAUAGAUCACAGGGGACAGGCAAAGCAAAGUUCGGUUACCUGGGAUGGUUACUGCUAAUGUAAAUGGAGAACUUGUUGUUUCUUUCGCUUCUAUAUAGCAAUUUGGCCAAAAAUUUCGGAUAAGUUUGUUUACAUGGGUUUAUAUGUAAUAUUAAAAAAAGGCAAUUAAAAAAUUCGAGAAUCUAAGCUCUAGAAUGCAGACAACAAGUUUGGGUGUAGUGAGAAAAGGUAAUUCCAACUCGGCAUAUUUUGCAAGUUGUUUUACUCGAAGUUUUCUACGACCUGAAGGCGGUCACCACAGCUUGGUUCGAAAUCUUGCAACGAAGCUACGCCAAUAAUUUUUUUAAAAUAAUAGCGUUUUGACCUGGCUUUUUUUAACCGUUGCUUAUAAUUAGCUACAUAAUAUAUUUUUUAUUGCUCUAUUAAAGCCUACCCUGUUUUUCAACCUCUCAAGUAUCAUUCUUUAUUUAAUGUUGAUAUUUCUGCAAACUUUUCAAAUCUAUUAAAACCUGUAAACAAAAUCCAUUUUAUUUACAGGUUUACUUUUGUGCAUCUGUUUCAGUAAGGUGGUCUCACCAGUGUCUGCUGCACUGUCCCUUGUAUAUUUUUAAGUUGCAUUUACUUGCGAAUACUCCUGUUAUCACUUAAUCUGCCAUUAUGAAUUUUAUCUAGUAAAUAUUUAUUUUGCUUGGUCUAACCUCCCAUGAUUCAAUUUUUAAAGAUCUAGAAGAAGAAUAUGAAAGACGUGAAGAAAAUUUUUCCCAUCGUGAGUUUAUCACAUAUUAGUUCUACAUACUUGAAGAAUGACGACACUCUAGACGAGCAGUUUUAUAAAGAUCCCAAAGUUAAAGCGUUAUCUCAAGAAAUUAUAAAUGCGUUCAGUGAAUGGGGUUUCUUGUAUCUUGUUGACCACGGCAUCGAUAGUAGUGUGAUCGAAAAUGCAUUUGGAACGUCGAAAGAAUUUUUUGAGAAAGACAGGUUAGUAAAAGAGUUGUUUAUACAUGAAGAUAGAAAUGUUGAAUUGGGAUAUGUGCCUUUUAACACUGAAACAUUCGACAAAUCAAGACCGUUUGAUUUAAAAGAAUGUUUUGAUUUUUUGCCAGCUACAGACCAAAAGGAUAAAUUAACGGAGAAAUUCCCGUCGCUUAUGAAAGCCUUGGCAAACUUGUUUCAGUCCUUAGAAUUACUCAACAAGUUUUUCUUACCGCUACUCAGCAUUGCGCUGAAGCCCGACGAUGGAGAGUUUCUAAGUUUGAAUCACCACCGUAUUGGUAAUAUGGAGGAGAAUGUGACAGUUUUAAGAUCUUUGUAUUAUCCACCAAUCAAAUGUAAAGAAAAUGUUUUGGAAAAUCAAUUGAGAUGUGGAGAGCAUUCCGAUUAUGGGACGUUUACGUUUUUGUUUCAAGAUGAAAUUGGUGGAUUACAGGUUGUAAAUCCAUCGGGAGAGUACGUGAAUGCUACACCAAUCCCAGGUAGUAUAGUCGUUAACGCCGGCGAUUUGUUGGAGAUUUGGAGUUCAGGUCGGUGCAAAUCAACACGUCAUCGUGUUCUUAUUCCAAACGACUCACAAAACGCCCGACAGUCUAUUGUUAUGUUUGUCCAUCCAGAUAAAAACACCGAUGUUUCUUGCCUCGAUGGUUCAGACAAGUAUAAGCCUAUAAAUGCCUUCGACUAUGUAAUGAAGAAAUUUGAAGAAACUUAUGGUUAAUCUUGCAGUUGUUGUUUGUAAGCAUAUAAAGAAGAAUGUUUCAUUUUUUUGCUCGAUUGUUCAACCCUAAUGAUAAAUCUCAGAAUUUUUGUUUGAUGGAAGAGUUAGGAAUGUUAAUAAAUUCUGAUUGCAAAGCUUAUUUAAUUUUUUUAGCUAUUUUUGUUUUACUUUAAAGCAGUCCUGGUUGAAGGAAAGUAAGAUUUUACGAGGUAAUGGCUUUUUAUUGUUUCUAAGCAGUUGUGUCAUUUGCUUCAAUUUCUACUUUGUUAUUUUUGGACUGUUUAGAGAUUUUUAAUAUAUGUCUUAAGAUAAUUUUAAAGAAUCCUUUUGAGUAAAGCGCCUUUUAUACUGAGGAAAGGGACAGUAAGUAUGAUAAGCUCACCAGGUUGGCUUGCCAUGUGCAAAAUAAAAUCUUUCACAUCUGGCUUACUACCGUCUCACUGAAUCAAGAUUGAAGAUUGUUUGCAUGGCAGGGACCGCUAUACUCGGUGUGCAUUUUGUGAUGACUCGCCCUACAAGCUCUUGCCAGCUAACAUUAUGUGAAAUCAAAUUGUGUGAAUUGCCACACCAUAUGGACAAGUUGUCAAGUAACGAUUUCUUAUAAAAAAAUAUAUUUUAUACAAAUAGUAAUUAUUUCUUUUAAAAACAAAAUCCAUUUAUUUUAUAUUUUGUAUAUUGUUUUGUUCAUUUCAAUUGAUAUUUCGUUCGUUUCA